UGCUCCAACGAGGGAACGGACUUCUGAACGGAACAUCUUUCUGAUAUGGAGAUAAUCCGGCUGAUUUUGAUUUACUUGCUUGAUCUCCUGUUACCAUCUUACGGUCUACCGAAUGAGAAACUGAUGUUAUCACCUUUAAUUUGCAAGGGUCAUAUCAAACAGGCGCAGGAACUCAGCCUUGUUGAAGAUAAAAAUUCUAUCAUACCGACAAGCCACGCUGGGUUCAUUACUGUGGACGAGAAGCUCGGAAACCAUUUGUUUUUCUGGCUCUUUCCUUCAAUAUCCGGAUCUGAAUCUCCACUCGUGGUUUGGCUAAAUGGGGGACCGGGAUCUCCUUCUUCACUGGGGUUGUUUUAUGAGAACGGACCGAUGCGACUUACGGAUGCGUGGUACGAGCGUAGCAACAUUUCGUGGACAGAGACUAUGUCAAUGUUGUACAUAGACAACCCCGUCAGCGUCGGCUACAGCUAUUCCGACAGUGGGAGCGCUGGAUACAGAACAGAUCAAGAUGGCUAUUCUAAAGAUCUAUACGAGUUCAUUGAACAAUUCUAUCUGUUAUUUCCCGAAUACCAGAAACGAGAGCUAUACAUAGGUGGAAAGUCUUAUGGCGGAAAGUACGUCCCGGCUUUUGCUUACUAUUUGCACUUAAAAAUCAAAGAAGGAAGAUCAAAUCUUCCUUUAGCAGGUAUUUAUCUUGAAGGACCACUCUUUGACCCGUACGAGCAAGGUCUUGCCGUACCUGACUAUCUGCUUGCCGUCGGGGCCAUUUCAACAAAAGAAGCGCAGCAGCAUAAGCAAUCAAUCCUUGAGCUUUUCAAAGAAUUAAAACGCGGUAAAUUAAACUAUAGUUUCGACGACUUAUUCGAUAGGUUUUUUAUCAUGAAAAUCAGUUUCUUCUUAAACAAUUAUUACUCUGGUGUAAAUCCACGGUAUGACGAACUGCAAGCAGUAAUGGACUCUAAGUAUUUGAAAUCUCUAGUUCACGUUGGAAAUAGGGAGUUUGUGUUUUUGUCUAACAUGAACACAAAUUUCCGAAAUCGAAUGGUUCAAGAUUUCUUAACCAGCACAAAACCCAAACUGGCUCAACUCUUGGAGGAGUACAAAGUUUUGAUCUACACCGGUGAUCAAGACGCUCUGAUCAGCCCUGCAAUGGUUGACGCGGGCCUGCUGUCUAUGGAGUGGUCGAGGCAGCAGGAAUACCAGGACUCGAAGCGUUCUGUUUGGUGGGGCGGUGAUGGCGCGCUGUCUGGGUUCUAUUCCCGGGUUGGGAACCUCUGCCAGGUUGUCAUUAAAGGCGGUGGCCAUUCGGCGGGCCAUGAUCAGUCUGCUAGAGUUUAUCAAAUGAUGAAUUUGUUUAUCCGGCAAGGUUGCAUCAGAAAGAGAUAAACGACUGAAAUAAAGCCACUGGUCCGAUCUUAGAUCUUGAUUUAUUACGUCAACAAAAAUAAAUAAAUUGAAGUGUAAUUACACGAUAUAUGUUUGAUUAGAUCAAAUAAAAUAACAUAAAAACAGCGUUAUGUAACUGAAACGAAGCCAAUUAUCUGAUCAUAAUUCUUUUAUUCAUUACAUUACAAAAAUAAAAACCCAAUAAAACACUAUGUUUGAUUAGAUGAAAUAACUUAUAACAAAACCAAUGUUAUUUGACUGAAAUAAAGCAAAUGAUCAGAUUUUAGUUCUUUCAGUUUUUUUUAUUCAUUACACAAAAACAUUUAUCUAAAGUUUUGACAAGAUAUAAGUUUGACUAGAGCAAAUCAACAAUAUUACAAGUACGGUGUUAUUUAACUUUAAAAAAACAUUGAUCUUGUCUCAGUUAUUUCGUUCAUUAAAAAAUAUUCAAAAUUUUAUGAAGGCAAAACAUGUUUAAUAAGAUCAAUAAA